CCAAAAAGUUGUUAGCCUCCAAAGCUUCUUCUUCAUCAGCAAUGUUCUUCUGUACUUAUAGGUGCUAGAUAACAGAGAGAGAGAGAGAGAGAGAGAGAGAGAGGAUAGCAUGGGUUUACAGUGUUAUUUUGGAGGGACAACUAUACAAACCCUAAAGUUAGCCGCGAUUCCUGCUUCUUCACGUUUCAUUUUAAAGCCAAUCUCCAAAACCCUAGUCCUAAAUCCGUUUUCCCGCCAUAACUAUGUUAUAUGUCCACAAAGAAAUCCGUUUAAGCUUCUGGUUAGAGCUCUCUCUUCCACGGCUGUCCAGACAGCGCCUAUAACGGAAAGCUUGGAUAAUAAAGUUGUGAAGCCGCAAUGGAAAGCGGCAAUAGAUUUCAAGUGGAUAAGGGAUAACAAAGACGCGGUGGCUUUGAAUAUAAAGAACAGGAACUCAAAUGCUAAUUUGGAGCUUGUCCUUGAGCUCUAUGAGAAAAUGUUGGCUGUUCAAAAGGAAGUUGAACGGCUUCGUGCGGAAAGGAAUGCAGUAGCAAACAAGAUGAAGGGAAAGCUAGAGAUAUCAGAGCGUCAAAAACUGAUUGAGGAAGGAAAGAAUCUAAAAGAAGGGCUUGCAACUUUGGAAGAAGACCUGGUUAAACUUACAGAUGAGCUUCAGCUGGAAGCACAGUGUAUACCUAACUUGACUCACCCACUUGUUCCGAUUGGAGGAGAAGAUAGUUCAACUGUGAGAAAGAUGGCAGGUACUCCACGUGACUUUGGCUUCCCUGUCAAGGACCACCUUCAACUUGGGAAAGAACUAGAUCUCUUUGAUUUUGAUGCAGCAGCAGAGGUGAGUGGUUCAAAAUUCUACUAUCUGAAGAAUGAAGCAGUUAUGCUGGAGAUGGCCCUUGUCAACUGGACUCUCUCAGAAGUUAUGAAAAAGGGAUUUACACCUCUAACAACUCCAGAACUUGUCAGAUCCUCUGUUGUUGAGAAAUGUGGAUUCCAACCUCGUGGUGAUAAUACUCAGGUUUACUCUAUCGAGGGUAGUGAUCAAUGCCUCAUUGGCACUGCAGAGAUUCCUGUGGGAGGAAUUCACAUGGAUACUAUCCUUGCUGAGACACAGUUGCCAUUAAAGUAUGUGGCAUAUUCCCAUUGCUUCCGUACAGAGGCUGGUGCUGCAGGCACGGCAACAAGGGGUCUUUACCGAGUUCACCAGUUCACUAAGGUGGAGAUGUUUGUUUUGUGCCGACCAGAGGAGAGUGAUUCUUACCAUGAGGAGCUUAUCAAAAUUGAAGAAGACCUCUUUUCUGCCCUAGGGUUACAUUAUAAAACUUUGGAUAUGGCCUCUGGGGAUUUAGGUGCACCUGCUUACCGCAAAUUUGAUGUGGAGGCAUGGAUGCCUGGUUUAGGACGGUAUGGUGAGAUAUCUAGUGCCUCAAAUUGCAUCGACUACCAAAGUCGCCGACUAGGGAUCCGGUACCGUCCAUCAGAACCUACACCAGCCCCUCCUAAAAAGGGCAAAGGCAGCCUUGCUCCAACACAGUUUGUGCACACAUUAAAUGCAACGGCCUGUGCAGUUCCUAGGAUGAUUGUGUGUCUGCUGGAAAACUACCAGCAAGAAGAUGGCUCUGUUAUUAUCCCCGGGCCAUUGAGGGCAUUCAUGGGAGGGCUGGAGCUUAUAACUCCCAAAUCCACUUAGGAAAUGUAUCUGUUUUGCAAUAUUUGAUUUUUAUGGCGGAAAUGUCUGGGAUCAAUUUUGAUGAGACUUUUUAAUGUUUCUGCAUUUGGCAUUCAAAGGAAAAUAAUGGAAAGGGUGCGAGGAAAUAGAAGAUACGUUGUCUUGGUGAGUUGUCAGGGUGCCGAAAUUUAAUCAAGGCCUUGAUAGUUUCUACUUUAUUGAAA